GCACUGAGUCGACUGCCUCUAACUGUGGAAGACAGCUCAACUGACGAGAAACUUUUUGAAGUCCGGAUGCUGGAGACUGCGCCGGAGAUUCCGUGGGAUGCCCAGAAGAUUGCCCGAUGCACCCGGAACGACCCAACCUUGUCCAGAGUUCGACAUUGGACGGGGGUUGGAUGGCCUCAAGGCAGGCUGCCGGACGAGUUCAAGCCAUUUGUUCGACGGCAGCACGAGUUGUCGGAGUAUCGGGGAUGCCUGCUGUGGGGAUGUAGAGUCAUCAUUCCAGAACAAGCGAGAGACCAGGUUUUGGAGCUGCUGCAGACCACGCAUCCCGGGAUCGUCCGCAUGAAGGCGCUUGCCAGAAGCACAGUUUGGUGGCCGGGUAUCGACCAAGAUAUCGAAAGGAAGGUCCGAACCUGCCUGCCCUGCCAGGAGACAAGGCCGCAACCUGCACGUGCAAGACUGCAUCCGUGGGAAUUCGCCAGAAACCCAUGGUCCCGAAUCCACAUCGAUUUUGCAGGACCCUUCCAAGGAAAGGUUUUUCUUCUGGUGGUGGAUGCGUAUUCGAAAUGGCUGGAAGUCAUCCAGAUAGCAUCCAUGUCGUCAGCAGCAGUGUGUCAUAGGCUGCGAGUGCUGUUCGCAACACACGGUGUUCCCGACACUAUAGUCUCGGACAAUGGGACAGCGUUCGUCUCACAAGAAUUUGAAGAAUUUUUGCAGAGAAACCAGAUCCGGCACGUUAAGGUGGCGCCAUAUCAUCCAUCGUCAAAUGGCCAAGUGGAGCGCAUGGUCCAAGAUACUAAACAAGUCCGCAGGCGCAUGGAAGGAGGCGACAUGGCCACCAAGUUGGCCCGAUUUCUUUUGAGUCAGCAUAUUCUCCCGCACUCAACGACCGGAAAGAGUCCGGCGGAAUUGUUGAUGGGUCGGAGACUCCGUACUGCACUGGACCGGCUUCACCCAGACCUAAAGUAG